CAAAUUCAUAGGAUAGCUGAGUCUUAUGACCGUCAGCAUGCACUUUCUCUCCGCGACCAUGGGCACAGCUCUGAGAUCCUAGCGUACCCCAAAAGCCUCAAAUCUCAAACCCGCAUUCUGCGCUCCAGCUGAAAUCAAAAUGGCGACUGCGCUCAAAGGUAUUAUUUUACAUACAAUAAAUCAAGGGUCUUAGUGUCCGAGAUAUCCGCAAUUGACGCUUAGGUAUCUCGGUAUCACAGUCCGACUGUACAUACUUCGCCUGGUAACACUGUUACCUGCCUACGGGCCGCUUUCUCCCAGGAUGAGACUGGUCGUUUCACGGACCCACCAUCCAUUCUUGUUCUAGACUUCAUCCGAGCCUGUAAGGGCCGAGUGUCUCCUAGACAUGCCUGUCAGACCUUCCCUGCACCGGUCGCACAACCCUGGAAGGCGGAAUGAACGUGGCGUGGUAUGGGCACCCAGCGUGGGCGGAAUCAUGGAGAUGGCACAUCUCUCCCAUCUAUAUAACAUUGCUUCCCCCUUCCCCCAUGGGCUUCCAUCAUCACUCUCACUCCAUCCCCCACAAAUCCACGUGGCAAAAUCCUGAAUCUUUCUAGCAAAGGGUGCGACUUUGCUUUAUGUCGUCUUCAUCAACAGCAUCCUCAGCCUCCGUGGAAAAAUUUUCAGUCGCCAUGCCCAAAACCGCCCACGAGGAGAACCCUCAUCACGAUAUGCCUCAGCCUGCUAGCAGACGAACGUCUGUUAUGGGCGUGCCGGCCUUUGCUGAGCACGGCCCUCUGGUCGAUCAUAAAAUUCCUCAGGCAGACGCCGUCCAGCAAGAGCCAGAUCUCACAUGGAGUCGUAUCCGACACUUUCUGCGAGAACCCUUUUCGGAGUUCUUUGGAACUUUCAUCCUUCUCAUGUUCGGAGAUGGUGUCGUCGCUCAAGUGGUGCUCAGCAAAAACACCAAGGGUGACUACCAAUCCAUCUCUUGGGGCUGGGGUCUCGGUGUCAUGCUCGGUGUCUACUGCAGUGGCAUCUCAGGAGCGCAUCUCAACCCCGCCGUGACUUUUGCAAAUUGCGUUUUCAGGAAAUUCCCAUGGAGAAAAUUCCCAAUCUACAUGCUCGCUCAGCUUCUUGGUGCAAUGACAGCCUCUGCGGUCGUCUAUGCCAACUACAAGUCUGCGAUCGAUACUUUCGAGGGUGGAGCAGGUAUUCGUACCGUAACUGGCGAGAAUGCUACUGCCGGCAUCUUCUGCACAUACCCAGCGGCUUUCAUGACCAGAACCGGCAUGUUCUUCUCCGAGUUCAUCGCUAGCACCCUGCUCAUGUUCCUCAUCUACGCUUUGAAGGACGACGGAAACAUCGGAGCGGGUCCUUUGACACCGCUCGGCCUCUUCUUCGUCAUCUUUGGCAUUGGUGCUUGUUUCGGGUGGGAGACAGGCUAUGCCAUCAACCUUGCCCGUGACUUUGGUCCUCGCUUGGUUUCCUAUAUGAUCGGCUACGGUCAUGAAGUCUGGUCAUUCGGUGGAUACUACUUCUGGAUCCCAAUGGUUGCUCCUUUCUGUGGCUGCACUUUUGGUGGAUGGUUAUACGACACUUUCCUCUUCACUGGUGAAAGCCCAAUCAACACUCCAUGGAUGGGCUUGAAACGAUUCACUCAGCCUAAGCGCUCGGUUUGGUCCAACACUUAUGAACCCAAAGACGACGAGAGCCGAGUGUAGAUGUGGAUAUCUUAUUCAGGCGUUGGAGGUGGCAAAAAGGUCUUCUACCUGAAGAAGUGAUUUUGAGCUAUGGGUGGAGUGAGAGCUGGAGACCGAUGUAGAUAUUUGGGAGGCGAACAUACAUGGUUUGAUGCAUUGAAUAUAGCAAAGAACAUGGAGUUCGCUCAAUAGGGUAUUUUGUACAUACGAUAUCGGAGCACAGAGUAUAAGUGUGAGAUGAGCAAUGAACAUAUGAAGACCAAGA